AUGAAAGAAUUAUGUUUGUCAAAUAAACAACUUACAAGUUUCCUGAAUAAUUAUUACAAGCAAUCAAACAGAGAUAUUUUUGCCUUUCUGAUUCAGUUUUUCAAUGUAAGAAUUUUUUCUGACUUAAUAAUAUUCUUUUCUUUCUCAGUACGGACCAACACAUGGCAGAACCCUUCUUGCGUCAUAGUGGACCCUAAUUCAGGUCCUUGCUUGGACGUCUUCUUGCGUUACUUUGAUGGCUACGAAUCAGCCAUUGGGGCAGGGGAGCUUGUCCAUCAUGAAUGGGUCGAGUACCUUGGCUACGUUUACGACUACAAUGACGAGAGUGAUACAGAUUGUCAAAUAAGGCAAUCGUCCAAAGGCAACGAAGAAUUCACCAAUGUGACUUGGACAAGGGAUGGCUUCUCAACAUGUACCCAGAGAGACGUAGAUAACUUUAACAGCUGGUGGGAUUUUGUCUGCGCAGGACACUGCACAGAGGAUGAUAACUGCAGGAGAUAUCCCAUCUUUUUUGGGCAACAUCUUUGGAAUAAUUGCUCCUGGGAUGCCGAUGAAGAGAAACCGUCUUAUGAUUUGAGGCUUCCUUGAAGAAAAUUGCUAAAGAAGAUGAGGGGGUGGGCUGGGGAUGAUAAAAUUUGGGUCAGGGUUGCACCAGACAAACAGGGCCCAAUUUCAAAGCUCUAUGAAAUCAGGCCACUUUUU